AAACUUCCUCGUUAAAUACGAUGCAGAUCACAAUUAGGAUAUGCUGGGCUUAGACUAACACGUACUGUACAUACGUGCUAACGGCAAAAUGAUGUUAAUAAUAUAUUUUUUGCUCCAUUUUUUGGAAGGAAUCUUUCUGCUGACUAUCACAACAUCACCUGAAAUAAACGUCUCCCUUGAAUCAAACUCAUCUAUUGUGUUGAACUGUACAUUUGAACUUGACGCCAAUGAAGGCAUCAGAUAUGUGUACUGGGGAAAGAAACUGCACGGCACUGAUUACAAUAAGUUGGCAGAAUUUGCUUAUAAGAAUGCCAUUUAUAAUAUAGAUCAUGGUUUGAGUUUGGAAAACCGAUCCAAUCUUCAUAGUUUCAGUGAUACCUCUCAAAGCGCCAUACUGGACAUCACAGAUGUAAGAUGUGAAGAUGUCGGACAAUAUCAAUGUGAAGUAGAAUUCUCGGUAGAUUCAAAAGGAAAAACAGACCGGAAAUACACAGAUGUGUACAUUCAAGCAAAUGCAGAGAGACCAACAACAUUCUUAGUUCACCCCAAUAACAGCCUGGAGGAACAUGAAAUUCUGAAUAUUGCGUGUGUAGCAGUUGUCGGAAGUCCUCACGGAUCGCUGGCCAUAUGGGAACAAAAUGUCUCAUCAAAUACUUUGACACUUCUGAAAAACACAUCAAAAGUGUUUAUUGAUACUGACAACUGUACAUCUGUUGCAAAUCUUACCAUGACAUAUAAAGUCAGCCGACAUAACAAUGGAGCCAAGUUCAUGUGCUCAUCAAGAAAUAAAUUCACUAAAGAACCAGCCCCAGCCGCAGAGUUUGGUCCUAUAAAAGUUCUCUAUGGUCCAUCAAAUACAAGAAUUAAUUCUUUCGAUUUAAACGCACCACUAUUCAUUAAAGACUCUGUAAUUCUUGAAUGUAUUUCUGACGGCAACCCGAAUCCGAUAUAUGCAUGGAAAUUUAAUCACUCAAGUAUUGGAAACAAUUCAAAGUUCAACAUAUCUGCAGAUAAAUCCAAGUUAUCAUUUACCGUUACGAACAUCUCCGACAGUGGUUUAUACCAGUGUGUGGCAUAUAACUACAUCAAAGGGAAUAUGUUCAACAGCUCAUCCAAUGUCACCAUAACUGUCCAAGAACGACACGAAGAGGAGAAUGCGCUGGAAAUAGAAAAAACGUGUUUGGAAAACCCAUGUUUAUUUAUACAAAACUGUAUUAUGAGAAAUGGAAGCGCAUUUUGUUCCAUAAAUAUUUGGGCUGUAGUUGCAAUUGCAUUCAUUUUCCUGACUCUGAUUUUGGGAACAAUAACACUGAUGCUAAUAAUUUCGAAAGCAAAUCAUAUAAAAAGAAUCAACCGCAAGAAAAGAAUGGAUAUUGGUGAUGUUCACGUGUCGUAUACUAGAGAGAACUUUGAAGAUUUUGGAGGAUAUGCCGAUCCUAAGGAUGUAAAAAGGCCGGAAAAGUACGCCAUUAAUUAUUGA